AUAUGAUAAAAAAGCUUCAUUGCAAAGAAAACGCUCUUGACUUAUUUGCAAAUUUUUAUAAAAAAUUGAACAUAUUUGAUUAAAAACACAACAUAAAUGAGAAACAUUAGAUCAUUCUUGUGCUUCAAAUGAAGUUCCUUGAUCUUAAACAGAUUCAACUUUUUUUUUGCUUGUGACUGUUUUUCAAUUGAUGCAGUGAAAGAAAGGCAAACCUUUGUUUACGUUAGGAGACAAGCGGUGCCGGUUAUUCACACUAUUGAUUCACACACCUCACGCUUCUGUGGCUUUAUUGCAAAUUGCUGGCAAAUUGAAUAUAUUAUAUAGUUGUGGGGCCUUGUUGCUAAUCGUAGAUUAUUGGCAUAUGUGUUUGGUGUUGCAAGACGUUGUCUUCUUCUAAACGUUAAACGUAGCUCAGGAAGAAAUCCAGGUUUGACUAUGGCUGAUGAUGGUGAUGCCAAGAAAGACGAGGGAGAGAAGAAGGUGGUGCACACAUAUCCACUUUGCCGGCAAUCGGACAUGCCUGAGGAGAUGAGGACCGAGGUGAUGGAAUUGUGCGUCACGGCCUGCGAAAAGUACUCAUCCAACAACGAGAGUGCCGCCCGGAUGAUAAAGGAGGCGAUGGACAAGAAGUACGGAGCCCCGUGGCACACGGUGGUCGGCGAGGCGUUCGGCUUCGAGGUCUCUCAUGAGUGUAAACACCUUCUCUACAUGUUCUUCGGAGGGAAUAUGGGUAUAUGUGUGUGGAAAUGUAACUAAGUGUCCUGCAUCAGGGGUCAUGUACUUUACCUCGCUCUGGUUAGUUGGCUAUUAAAAAGCGUCAUUUUGAUGAUCUGGUAUGCGCAUGAAACACGUUCAUGCAAAUGUGUCGUCCACCCAUUACUGAACAUUCCAUUGGAUGGUGCAUCCUGCUGAUGAUAAUUUGUACAUUUUGUACAGUUCAAUGCGAGCGAUAUUCUGCUGUGAUAUUCUCCGUUCAUUGUUGUUUUGAUAUUUCCAAAGCGUGUUCAACUUUAUAUGAUAGUGAUUUUUCUUUUGAAUAAAUGUUCCUUAUGAUGA